AUGAGCGUGGAGACGGAGAAGCACUGCACGGUGCUCAUAUUCUACGAGAAGGGCGUGCCGCCGACCUCGGAAGAGAUCGCCAAGAAGCUGGAGAGCAAGAAGGAUAGCGUCAAGGCCGAGGCCCUCGAGGAGCUCAUCCUCUUGAUGAUCAAUGGCGAGUCUUAUCCGAAGCUUCUGAUGACCAUCAUCCGCUUCGUUUGCACGACCAACGAUCAUCGCGUGAAGAAGCUGCUCACGAUAUAUUGGGAGAUUGUCGACAAGUGCAAGGAGGAUGGCGACCUGAAAGAGGAGAUGAUCCUCGUGUGCAACGCGCUCCGCUGUGACCUGAUGCACGCGAACGAGUACAUCCGUGGAUCGACCCUGCGCCUCCUUUGCAAGAUGAAGAUCUACAAGAUCCUCGAACCGCUGAAGGAGGCGGUCCUUCGCAACCUCUCCCACCGGCACUCGUACGUGCGGCGCAACGCGGUGAUGUGCGUUUACGCCAUCAUAAAGACCUUCGGCGUGGAGGUGAUGCCCGAGGCUGCGGAGGACAUCGAGCAGCUGCUGUUAGUUGAAGGUGACCUCUCGACCAAGCGCAACGCCUUCUUGAUGCUGCUGAACUGCGACCAGGAUCGUGCCAUCAAGUAUGUCCUGAGCAUGCAGGACCAGGUUGGCACCAUGGGGGACAUUUUCCAGCUCUCGGUCCUGGAGCUUGUCCGCAAGGUCUGCCGGACGAGCCAGGCUCACAAGGGCCGCUUCCUGCGCAUAGUUUUCAACCUUGCUGCGGCCUCAUCAACGGCCGUGUCUUACGAGUGCGCCUCUUCACUAGUUUCGCUGUCCUCCUCGCCCGUUGCGAUCCACCAGGCCACCACGGCUUAUGUCACGUUGCUCACCGAGCAGUCUGACAACAACGUGAAGCUGAUCGUGCUGGACAGACUGCAGGAGGUGCAGAAGCACCACAAGCAAGUGAUGGAGGGUAUGAUCAUGGACAUCUUCCGCGCGCUGACGUGCCCGUCGCUGGACGUGCGCAAAAAGGUGAUGGACAUCUGCCUGG